AUGGAGGAGUCGGCUCCGAAUGCAGUAGCUCCAGAUUUUGAUGUAUACGGAGCCAUGGAUUGGAAGGAUGGUGUUGGAACUCUGCCUGGGAGUGAGCUGAAGUUCCGGGUGAAUGAGUUUGGGGUCCUGGAGGUCAUAACGGAUGCGGCAGAUGAGGAGGGUGUGAAGAAGGCUCAUGCUACCACCACAUGGGCAGUUCCAACUGCACAGGAAGCCCAGUCGGAGGGUGUAACGGUGAAAGAGGACAGCUCUUGGGGCCAGCGCGGUUUGGUGUGUGUAUGUUGUCAGAGGAAAGGCUCAGUGGUUGACUUUCUGCCAGACGGACAACACUGCAGUCAACGCUGUCUUCAGCAGGAACAGGAAGAGAUGACCCAGAGCAGGGAAAAUUCCAGAAAUAAUGGAGAGGUUUCAGGGGUCAGCCGGAAAAGGUCACACCACCAGGAGAAAGCUGCUGAAGAGAUGAUUGACAGAACGGCGGACGCGGCGGAGGAAGACGAUGAAGACUAUGAAGAGAAAGACAACAGGAAGAUGACGAGAGGAGGUCAGAGAGGACGGAGGAAACGGAGGGGGGAUGCUGCGCUGCUGAGACAGACGGUUCCAUAUGGAGGAAAGAAAAAGUCUUGGUGCUGGGCAACAUAUCUGGAACAGGAGAAAGCCAUCGCUGCUCCCAAUAAACUUUUUAAAGAGCAUCAGUCACUCCCACAGAAUAAGAAUGGAUUUCGAGUGGGGAUGAAGCUGGAGGGCGUGGAUCCUGAACACCCAUCAAUGUACUGUGUCCUCAGUGUUGCUGAGGUUUCAGGCCACCGCAUUAGACUACACUUUGACAAGUACUCAGAUUGCUAUGACUUCUGGGUAAAUUCAAACUCUCCUGAUAUUCACCCUGUGGGGUGGUGUGAGAAAACAGGACAUAAGCUACAUCCUCCCAAAGGUAUGAAGGAUGAGGAGUUUAGCUGGCCCUCCUACAUAAAGAUGAACAAAGCCCAGGCUGCACCCAAAGCCCUGUUUGAGAACCAGAAUACAACUGUGACCCCUCUGGGUUUCCGCAUCGGAAUGAAGUUGGAGGCUGUGGAUAAGAAGAACCCCUCAUUCAUCUGUGUUGCCACGGUGACUGACAUGGUCGACAGCCGGUUUCUAGUGCACUUUGACAACUGGGAUGAGAGCUAUGACUAUUGGUGUGAUGCUACUAGCCCAUACAUCCAUCCGAUUGGUUGGUGUCAGGAGAAUGGCAAGACCCUGACCACGCCUCCAGGCUACCCUGAUGCAAAGAACUUCUCCUGGCAGAAGUAUCUAGAAGAAACCAACUCCUCACCAGCACCUGCCAGAGCAUUUAAAGUGAAACCUCCUCACAGUUUCCAGGUGAAUAUGAAGCUUGAGGCGGUUGAUAAGAGGAAUCCCAUGCUGAUCAGAGUUGCCACAGUGGCUGAUACAGAUGACCACAGGAUUCAGAUCCAUUUUGACGGCUGGCCGGAUGAGUAUGAUUACUGGGUGGACACGGACAGUCCGGAUAUCCACCCCGCUGGAUGGUGCGCCAAAACAGGACACCCUUUGCAACCGCCUAUCAAUCCUCAGGAGGUGUUUGAGUCGUCAGAGCAGACAGGCUGUCCCACGCCGGGGUGUAAAGGAGUGGGCCACAUUAAAGGGGCACGGUACUCUGGCCACCACAGUGCCGUGGGGUGCCCGUAUUCGGACAUAAACAUCAACCGAGGCUCCGUUCUGCCCGACAGACUGAGUGGCGAGAUGCCAGGCACGGGAGCGGGCAGGCCGAGAAAAACAGAACCAAGUCAAGAGGUGCCCGCACCCAACUCAGACAUGCCUGUCAGCUCCAACCACACUCACACAGCCACUGUGAGCACCCCGGGAGGCGUGACGGAGUCAGUGGCGAAGAAACCUCCGGGCACAGAGACCAAAAGGAGGGUGGGGAGACCCUGUAAACAGCGCAAAGUUGAGGAGGUGGUCCAGGAAGAGGAGGUGGAGAACGAGUUGUCCUCUGUCAUGGAUACUAAAGAGCUCAGCCUUCAGCAAGCCCUUCAUCAAUCAGUGUUCAUGCCAUGCUCAGCUCCAUCUCCCAGCACGCCCCACUGCUGGGACCAGCACAGUAAGCUUCUGCCGCCCGUCGCUGGGAUUACCGCCAGUAAAGUGGCGGGAUGGAGCGUGGAAGAGGUCACAGAGUUCAUCCAGAGACUUCCGGGCUGCAAGGAACAAGUACGAACGUUCAGAGAUGAGCAAAUAGAUGGGGAGGCAUUUCUUCUGUUGACCCAGAUGGACCUGGUGAAGAUCCUCAGUAUUAAACUGGGCCCAGCCUUAAAGAUCUACAACUCUAUAUUAAUGUUUAAAACAGCAGAGAACUCCGCCUGUAACGAACUUUGA